GUGCACGUGAUUAGUCACAUUUGACUUCCUCAUUCAACAGAACGUCGGCAGAACUUUUAGACCUCUACCAGUGCUAAUUUGCUGAAAGACUUUUGAUUGAAUCCAAGUUCAGGCUUUACAAUGCAAUUGUGCUCUUUUCUUGGUGUUCUUUUUGUUUGGGGAUACUUUUGUUCUCACGAGGCCAAGCUGAUUGGACGCAAACAGAACAUUGUGAAUGACAGACCCGUCAUUGGUAUUUUGACUCAGAUUGUUUCAGAUGCAGCGAUGAAACAAUACGGGAGCACAUACAUACCCGCUUCCUAUGUCAAGUACAUUGAAUCUGCUGGCAGCAGAGUGAUGCCCAUCAAACUGACGCUCACCACCGCACAGUAUGAAAACAUCUUUAGCAGAAUAAACGGUCUCCUUCUCAUCGGCGGCGCCUCCGAUCUUGAGACGUCUGACUUUGCAAGGGUGUCAAAGAUUUUUUAUCAACUCGCUCUCAAGGCCAAUGAGGCAGGAGAUUACUUCCCAGUGUGGGGUACGUGCUUGGGCAUGCAGCUUCUCACAGUCCUGGUGUCUGGCCACAACCUGCUGACCAGAGCCACAGCUGUGAAUGUGGCACUGCCUCUCAACUUAACACAAGCGGCCUUCUCCAGCCGCAUGUUUGAUGGCUUCCCCAAGGAGCUGAUGAAAGCUUUGCAAAUAGAACCUCUCACUGGUCAUUUUCAUCAUUAUGGACUUGCAGUAAAAGCCUUCAAGCAAAACAAAGAUUUGAUGGAUUUCUUCUCCUUGGUCUCUACAAAUGUUGGUGAAAAUAGCGUCAACUUCAUCUCAACCAUCGAAGGCAAGCAAUUUCCCUUCUACGGGGUGCAGUGGCAUCCAGAGGUGAACCGUUUUCAGUGGGACCACACACUGAGCUUUCCCCACUCUCCUCACGCCGUCCAGCUGUCGUCACUCCUGGCCCAGUUUUUUGUCAAUGAAGGGAGGAGGAGUUUACAUAAGUUUGAUGACCCUAAGGAGGAAGCCUUGAAGCUGAUUUACAGCUACACGCCCGUUUUUGCGGGAAACUUCAGCGGUUAUGAGCAGAUCUAUUUCUUCUGAAAUUUCUCUGUCAUUAAAAAGGUUGAAUUUCGCAAGG